AUGAAUUUAGGCUUAGAUCCAAAACCACGGAAGCACCAAGUCAAUAGACGGCGUAGAGGAAAAGGUAACAGUGAACUGAAAGAUUCGAAGAGUCCGAGCGCUGAUGAUGUGGAUUCAAAGAGACCCCCUCACCGGAAGUCGAACAAAAACCAAGUCAAAUCUAGACCCGCUAAGAAGGUCACUUCCAAUGAAAAGAUAGCAGAUGUGAGGCGCAAAGGAACAACUUUCGCGAAAACAUCGAUGUCAACAGAACUAAAGGAUCAGGUCCAACAAGUUGAACACCUUUUGGGAGUGGAUGGCUUCAAGGUCUUCAAGAAAGGCAAAAAUAGCACGUCCUAUGGACUUGCGGCUCCUGGAGUUUUGGGAUCUGAUACCUUUAUAUUUGUCGUAACGAUCCCGUUCUCGUACCCCCGCCAGCCUUCUAAAUUGGACCCAGUAAACAAUUUGGCCGAGGGGAAAAGAGAAAUCCAGGUCGAGUUGGGCCACAUUGUGAACAAUUUCAAUAGCAAGGCUCAUGAAAUGACUUCAGCAGGUCAACCGCUUAUUUCGCAAUUCAAUUAUCUGCUAACGCAGUGGUCAAAAAUGACGAGUCCUAAUUACAAACAGAAAGAACGGCUAAACAAAGAAUUUCUAGCAAACAUUUAA